AGCGCCUGCUCCUUGCGAGCCCGUGGCGGGGCCGCCUCCUCCCCCUCUGAGCUCAGUUCCUGCUGCCCCGCGUCUCUCGGGGCUGUCGAGCUCGCCGCCAGCAUGUCUUCCAACGCCAGCCUGAGCAGCAUGCAGCGGCUGGUGGAGCAGCUCAAGCUGGAGGCGGGGGUGGAGAGGAUCAAGGUCUCUCAGGCAGCUGCAGAACUUCAGCAGUAUUGUAUGCAGAACGCCUGCAAAGAUGCCCUGCUAAUAGGUGUUCCUGCUGGGAGCAAUCCUUUCCGGGAGCCUAGAUCCUGUGCUUUACUCUGAAGUCAGGGAACGUCGGUGGAGAGUUCUCU